UUCAUGUCAAUAUGUCAAUGAGAAUAAUUUAUAAUAAUUAUGCAAUUUAAACGUCAGUGAAUGGUGAUCGUCUUUUGUUUUGGAUUGUUCUUGAGUUUUCACAUAUUAUACGAUUGAAAUACAUUUUUUUUUCAUUGUGUUUUAAUGAUUUUAUUUACCAAACAACUGAGAACAAUUUUAAUUUGUACAUUUUCAGACCGUAAUCUUAACAAGAAACUAUAGGUGUUUUAUGUAGAAUUGUGUUUUGUUUAGUGAGCGAUGUUUUAAGGUUCGGAAUAUUUGCAUAGAAAGAAUACAUAUUACAUACUAUGGCGUUCGCCCUUAGAUCAAAAUAUUACCAGUAAUACAUACAUUUACUCAUGGUAUCUCAGAUGCAACGAGCAUUUGCUCAAAAACUUACCAGCAGCAAUGUUAAUUCACCUCCAAAAUUGUCAGAAGAUUCAGCAGCGUCUUUUAACGCUAAUACUAUUCCAUCAAUCAACGAACAAAAUAUUUCUACCAGAGUAGAUGCUAUUAUACCUACGAUUGUGGAGCCUGUGGAUUAUGAAAACUAUAAUCACCAACAUCACACUUGUGGCGGCAGUAACAGUAUUGAGAAUGAUGAUCCUUUAAUGGAUUUUCCUGAAGGUUCAGACGAUGUAGAUGUUUAUGUUUUGGCGCGUAAAGUGCGUUCACUUAUACCUGCAGGUCCUGAAGAAAAUAUCACCAAAUUAGCACCACAUGUACGUGAUUUUGUUAGAGCUUACAGCCGAGAUUGGCUCGUUGUUGAUUAUGUUUACAGACAAACAAAUACUGUUGAAGAUGAUAGAUCAAGUUUAUUAGCUUACGAAGAUUCUUGGAUACCUUCAUCUCGAAGCAGUACUUAUAGUAGGACUUCAACAAAUUCUGCAUCUCAACGUACUCAGCAACGUUUAAUUCAUAAAAACGAUCACUAUAAUUAUUCACAACAGCCUAAAGAUUUAAUAAAACACGGCAGUAAAAAUUCAAGUUCUACAGGCAAUAGUUCAAUUACUGAAAAUACAUUUGUGUCUAAUAAUAUAAGUAGUGGUUCAUCUUCAGCUACAGACCUGAUUAACACAGCUAAUGAUCCAUUAAUUGGAACUGUAUUGCAGAGAUUACCCAUUGAUACACUAGAUAGAUUAAAUGCAGUGGCACGACAAGAAAAUAGACAAAAUCGUUUAUUUGGCUCAUAUUUACCUGUAAAAACGAGGCAAAAAGGCAAUAAUUAUAUUGAAUACCCGAUUAAACCACCAGUACCUCGUGAAAUUGUUUCUAACCGUCGAAUUUUAGUCAAAUGUCUACAACUUGAGUGCUCUUUGGAAAUAGAAACUGAACCUAUAUAUGCUCACAUGUCAUUGUAUGAUGUCCGGCGCAGGAAAAAGAUGUCAGAAAAUUUUUAUUUUGAUUUCAACUCUUGUACUACAGCCGGCAAUGAAAUUGAUACAACUACACGUAGUCGUACGUGUGUACUUGAUAUAGAUGGUACAGGAUCAACUUCUGGAGAUGAUUUAUUUUUAGUCAUUAGACUAGAGAAACCCUUACGUGGCGAUUCUGAUUCUGUUAUUUCUGCUUCAGAUACAUCAUCAUUUUCUAACAACGAUAAGAUGGAUUUUAAAUCAAGUAGUAAAUCAACUCAGCCCCAUCAUGUUAAGUAUCGAAUGCCAUAUGCUUGGACUGCUGUGCAUUUGGCAGAUGUGAUUUGCUGUUCUGGUGGUUCAGAUAGCCUUGAUCGUAAUAGUACAGGGAGUGGAUCAAAUAGUUUAGAUGGAAGGUUUGGACUCAGUGAAUUUGAUAGAUUUCGUAAAAAAUGGACUGCAGCUGGUGGAAGUAGUAUGGAUUCUAAUACGGCUGUUCGUCGAGGGUCAUUAGAUCGCAGAACUAGUUAUUCAACAGCAGCUAAUAGCAGUGGAACUCUAAGUACAACUAAUACUGCUGAUAAUCGAUACAGUUGGUCUUCUGAUGAAUUUACUACUGAUGUAUUCCGUCCAGUUACCCUCACUGUUAAUGGAUUUUUUAAACAAGAAACCGAUAAACUUAAAGAUGAUGAUUUGUAUAAAUUGCUACAAGAACUAAAAAAACCUUCAAGUUGCCCAUCAAAAAAAUUAAAAAAUGUUAAUGGUUCUUUGAAAUUAGACAUAUCUCCUUGUCCAACUGAUGAAGUUAAACAGUGUUUGACUGCAGACCUAAUACCAUUAUUAUCAUAUGAUAUAGCCUCCGAGGAUAAAAUUCGACCAAUUAGAGAAAUAUUAGAGUUUCCAUUAGCAAGCUGCCGUGUUUCAAACCCUCACUAUGUUUAUCGUAAUUUGCUUUAUGUUUACCCUAAAGAAUUGAACUUUGCAGGAAGAACAGGUUCUGCUAGAAAUAUUGCUGUUAAAGUUCAAUUAAUGUGUGGCGAAAGACAACCACAAGAUGCAGCAUAUGCUAUUUUUGGAAAAUCUUCAAGUCCUCGUUAUGUAUGUGAAGCAUAUACAGCAGUUAGCUACCAUCAACGCUGUCCAUCAUUUUAUGAUGAAAUUAAGAUAAAAUUACCAGCUGAUUUAGAUGACCGUCAUCAUUUAUUAUUUACAUUUUAUCAUGUAAGCUGCCGUCGUCGUGGAACUCUUGUUGGUGCUCAAGAUAAUCAUCAACAUAAACCACAAGUUGCUCCAGAAACUCCAAUUGGAUAUACAUGGUUACCUCUAUUAAAAGAUAGAUGUUUAAGUUCUGGAGAAAUAUGUUUACCUGUUGCAUUAGAACCACCACCACCUGCAAAUUAUUCUUAUAUUACACCUGAUGUGGCAUUACCUGGAAUUGAAUGGGUAGAAAAUCAUAAGGGCUUAUUCACAGUACUUUUGGAGCCAGUGUCAUCUAUUCAUCCUAGGGAUAUUCAUUUAAAUAAUUUUUUUAAUUACUGUUCUGUAUUGGAACGUAAUCCAUUACCAAGGCGAGUGGCUGAAUCAAAUAUUGAAGCUGAACUGAAACAUAGGAUUUCAAAUUUGGUUCGUUGUCAAAUUGAUCCACUUAUAGAAUAUGUACCAGUAGUACUCGAUAAAUUGCUCUCCCUAUUAGUAGAGUCGCCUGUAACUCAGCAUCAACAACCCAUGAAUUUGGGACAAACAAUAUUUCGUACUUUAGCUGAUUUGGUGUCAAUGACAAUGAGCCAUUCACAAGGUCAGCAAAUAUUAUCUUCUUAUGUACGUUAUCAAUGUUGCUGCUGUAAUGUAGCUGCAGCAGCGGUAGCAAACGCUAAAAAUAAUACAAGUGAAAGUGAAAAUGAUGUUUUUUCUGGUGGACAAGAGUAUUCAGAAAGACUAGAUAAAUAUUUUCGUUUAAGAAGUAAUAGUGAUCCAGACACAACAAAGAAACCUUGUUCUUCACCACUUUUAGAUGGUAAUACCAUUUGCUGCAUUCAGGUGAACAUAAUCAAUUGCAAUUUAGGGUGGUUUUUGCACGAUUUGCUAUCUUUAGCUGAUAGAGGAUUUGUAUUUGGUCUGAUAAAUACAUAUAUGAAAACAUUAUUUUCUAAACAGCAAAGUCUUCUUCUCCAAUUGCCACAUCAUGAAAACUACUCCGCUUUGUCUAGUCUAAAAUUGGACUUUUUGAAAAUCAUUUGUAGCCAUGAACAUUAUGUGCCAUUGAAUUUGAUUAGUAAUAAUUUUCAUAAUCUGUCACCCACGUUCUCUGUGGCAUCUACAAUUUCUAGUCAGUCUUUGUCAAUGGCCAGUAAUACAAUAACAACUAUCACAGAAUCUACAGUAAAAGAAUAUUCUGAAUUAUCAUUAGGAUUUCGUCGUCAUCAUUAUUUGGUUGGCCUAGUGUUAUCAGAGUUUGUCACAGUGUUACAAUGUUCUAAAAGUGAUUUAAAAGUCAAAGAAAAAGUGGUUGAUUUAUUACUGGGUCUCAUGUCGUCUCAUGAUACUCGCUAUCAACAAGAUAGGUGGUCGUCUAGACGCAAAGCGUCAACAAGAGUUGCUCUUAUGUAUCUACCAUUAUUAACAGCUGUAACCACAGAUUCAUCAUUUCUUAAUUUAUUACAAUUAGACUUUGAAAAUAGCAAUGAUGUGGUUAAAAAUAAACAUCUCAAUAGUGAAAACGAAAGUGAUUUUGAUUUGCAUUAUGUCGAUGGUUAUAAAACUCCUGAAAAAAGUACAGAUGAAAAUGUUAAUGCCAUUUCAGCGUCAUCAUUAAUGGGUGUAAAAAAUACCACAGCGUCUUGGUAUAGACAAACAAAUAAAAAUAAUUGCCGUAAACCCAAAUUGAAUGCAGUUACAUCCACCAAAGUCCUAGCUUGCAUAUUAUGGAUAUUAAAAAAUUUAGACAAUGACAUAAUGCAAGUGUGGUUAGCAGAGUCAUCUCAUCAAAGAGCUCAAAAUACAUUGUCAAUAUUGACAUUGUGUAUUAACCGUUUCUAUAAUAAUUCAAACAACUACAAAAAGGGUAACCAUAAAUGUGUGAAUUGUAAUUCUCAACCUUCAUUAACAUCAACUACUAACUCUGCCCAACCAGCUCCUAGUGAGACGUAUAAUAGUAAUGAUAGUAGUAAUAACAUAUCAACAACAGCUUCAACCACAUCGUUAUCGUCUUCUUCUCAAUUGUCAACUACUGAUGAUGUGAAAUCAAGGCUCGAGGAUGUUAUAUUAGGCCAAGGGUCAGCUAGAUCAGAGUUGAUGCGUCGAAAGGCCGGACUCGAUGCUGGUAAUGGCACUACCGGUACUACUAGUAAAGUGAGAUGGAGAAAAGACCAUGUUUUGACAUAUAAUAGGCCUUCAUCAUUGCAAUCUUGUUCUUGUAAUGUCGAUUGUCAACAACAACUUGAUAAGAUAUUUGGCACCAAUCAAGAUCAACCUGAUGUAGAAUUAGAUUUAGUAAACGAAAUUGGUUUCAUAAUACUUGAUACCAUUGAACAAAUCAUUCAGGUGGCUUCUUUGCCUGCUGGUUUAAAAAAUUCUAAUCCUGUCCAUUGGUCGAUUCAUCGUAUUUUCAAACUGCUUCUUCGAGCUAUGUCUACUAUUACUGCUACUUCUAAUAAUCAACAAUACACUAGUGGUAGUUCUACUAGUUCAACAUCAACGACAGCUGCAUUACAAUGCAUGUUUGGUACACAGAGAUCAAUGGUUGCAAAGUUUCCAGAACUUUUAUUUGGAGAUGGUCAAGACGAAAGAGAUUUAGAUGUCAAUGACGACGAUAAAGAAAUCGAAAACUACCACUUUUCCACUAGCAGUCCAUCAUCUAAUCGUUGUGCUAAUCUUAUAUUGAUGUUAUUACGCCAUUGUGCCAUAAAAUCAAGUUCGAUAGGAGUCCGAGCACAAGCAGCUGCCUCUUUAUACUCGUUGAUGCGGCAAAACUUCGACAUCGAAAAUAAUUUUGCUCGUGUGAAGAUGCAAAUAACUGUGGCAUUAAGCACAUUAAUAGGAGGAGCUGGAACGUCGUCAACAGCUUCAUCUGAAAGUAGAAAAGAAGGAUUGUGUUUCAAUGAAGAGUAUUUGAGACGGGUGUUGAAGACAAUACUUUUGUAUGCUGAACGAGAUUCUGUUGAAUUGCAAAACACUACAUUCCCCGACCAGGUAAAAGAUCUGGUUUUAAACUUGCACACAAUACUUUCGGAUACGGUCCAAAUGAAAGCAUAUAGCCAAGAUCCAGACAUGUUAAUGGAUUUGAUGUACCGCGUAGCUAAGGGGUAUCAGCAGACUUCAUCACCGGAUCUCCGGCUUGCAUGGCUAGAGAACAUGGCUCGAAAACAUAAUCAGAGAAACAAUUUUACCGAAGCAGCUAUGUGUUUAAUUCAUGGUGCUGCAUUAGUCAUUGAGUAUCUGACUACGACAGAGAACCUUGAUUUAAUUGGAUGUAGAGGGGCAACAUGUCUAGAGUGUGUAUCGCCCAAUGUGUUGGAAGAAUGUGCAGUAUCGGAUGAUGUGAUGGUUGUCAGUCAAGCGGCUGAUCAAGUUUGUUUGGGCGACGAAUUCACCGAAAUUGGACUUGUGUCAUUGUUGGACAGAGCAGCAGAAUUAUUCCAAAAGGCUGGUAUGUUUGAAGUAAUGAGUCAAGUGUACAACAAGGUAGCAAUACCUCUAAUAGAAAAAACUAACGACUACAAAAAACUAUCUGAUACAUAUUUGAAAUUACACGAUGCGUAUGGUAAAUUAGAAAAGUUACAGGGUCGUCGGGUAUUUGGGACGUAUUUCCGUGUUGGAUUUUAUGGUGCCAAGUUUUUUGGAUCUGAUGGGUUAGAUGGUGAGGAAUUUGUCUACAAAGAACCCACACUUACCAAACUUUCAGAGAUAUUUGGACGUUUACAGAAUUUUUAUUCUGAACGAUUUGGUGAAGAUUGUGUAACUAUUAUCAAAGAUUCUAACACAGUAGAUGUGAGUUCACUGGAUCCAAGGAAAGCAUAUAUACAAAUCACAUAUGUAGAACCGUACUUUGAUGCAUUCGAACGGCGUAUGCGUUCCACGCAUUUCCAAAGAAAUUUUAACUUGAAACGCUUCGUGUUUUUCACACCAUUUACUCCCGAUGGUCGAGCACAUGGACAACUAAAUCAACAGUACAAACGUAAGACUAUUUUGACCGUUGCGCAUCAUUUUCCCUAUUUGAAAACCAGAAUUCGUGUACAAAGUCGCCAAACGAUUGUUAUGGGACCUAUAGAGGUGGCGUUAGAAGACUUGAAAAAGAAAACUGACGAAUUAGCACGUAGUGUCCGUCAACAUCCGGCCGAUCCAAAAAUGUUACAAAUGGUCCUCCAAGGGUGUAUAGGCACUACUGUAAAUCGAGGGCCUAUGGAAAUGGCUACAGUGUUUUUAGCUCCACCACGAUAUGACAAAAAUAAUACCAAUGAUAGAAUUCCUGAAGUCCCAGAUGAAUGUUCUGUGCAACCGCCACCACCACGAUUACAAAACAAAUUACGACUGUGUUUUAAAGAUUUUUCCAAAAAAUGUGCUGAUGCUUUAGCAAAAAACAAAACUCUAAUUGGUCCGGAUCAACGAGAUUAUCAACGUGAACUUGAACGUAAUUACAGACGAUUUACGGAUCAGUUAGCUCCACUUCUGAUAGCUGCUACUUCAUCUCAUUUUGGUAGUGGUGAUCAAGGCUUCAUUAAUUCAACAAACACACGUGGUCCUUAUGGCCUCCAUCAUAACGGUGGAUGUAAUAAUACUACUCAGACAUAUGAUGACAAUAAUGAUAACCAAGACGAAGAAGACGAUACAACAAUAACAAACAUUAGCAGUAGCGGUAAUGAGAUGAAUACACCUAACAAUAUUAAUGAGGAUUCAACAUUUACAAUGUAAAUGUUGCUAUAAAAAAAAUUUAUGAUCUUUUAAAACAUAACUUUUGUGUAAACAAAAAUAAUUGAGUACUUAUUUAAUAAUUAAGUU